GCCCUGCUGUUGAUGAACGAGCUCUGAGCAUCUGUCCGUUCGUCCGUCGUUUCGGUCCGUCCGGGUCUGUCUUCUUCCGGUUAUACAUAACAUAAUGCAUCCUGCAAGGCGUUGGCGCGGGUGAACUGGUAGGGGGUCUCUACUAUGAUUUCCGUUUUUUAAAACUCUUAUUUGUUGUGUCUAUGGCUUUUUCUGUCUAAUGCCUCUCUCUAUCUAUCUAUCCCUCGAACAAUUCUCCAGCUUGGCUUGCCUGGCCUUGGCUGCCGCUUUCCAGCCCAAUGACUCGGUGGUUGUGGCUGGUGCUCCCUCGACUCAUUUCCGCUUCUUGUUCUCUCUGCUUCUUUCUUCGUUUCCCCUCUUUCUGCUCUCCUCUUUUCCUCUUCGUCUUCCUGCCAAAGCCGUUUUUAUUCGCUGUGCAUGUUUAGCGGGUGUUGAUGCGGAGAGACCGAGGAAGAGAGAAGGGGAGGAAAGAAGGAAGGAAAGAAGGACGGGAAGAAGGCGAGAGAAUGAAAUGAAGCACAGGGAAGGCGAGGCGAUGAAGCACGAGUUACACAUCCAGCCAGUCGGUCAUGAGAGCUGGAAUCGCCGUAAUGCGGGGGUCUGGUUGCUGGGGCUGGGGGAGUUUGUUCGCUGGCUGGCUGCAGUUCGGUGUAUAUGCAUGUGGUUGUGGUCGUGAUGAAUCUAUCUAUCUUUGGGGAGUGGGAUGGGAAUGAAUGGUAUGGAAGGCAUAUUGGCUAAGACUGCUGCUUUGCUGCUGGGAGUGAGUGUGUGCUGUGCUGUGCUGUGAUGUGUGUAAGGUCGCUUUUCUGCCAGUCUAAUACCCGUCAGUUUUACCUCUUCGUCAAUAUAUAGACUAUCCUCUCUCUCUCUCUCUCUCUCUCUCUCUCUCUCUCUCU